AGACAAGAACAAUUAGAAAAUGAUAUGUGUCUAGCAUUUGUCUGCGCAAGUAUCUCAUUUAAUGUUGCCGGAAAUGAAAUUUUUCGUGGAUGGCUUCAGAAUCUUAGACCAGGUUUUAAAAUACCUAGUCCAAAAACACUCGCCGAAAGAAUUUUAAAUAAGCAAAUUAUUCAGGUGGAAGCAAAAAUGGAAAAUGAACUACAAAAUCAAUAUAAAAGAAUCGCAACGUGUGCAAGUGCUUUAUGGAAAUCUCUUGGUAACAGUGAAAGCACUUGCCGACAACUUAUAGGACAACUUGCUUCUUAUAAAGAAAAUGAGUCACCUUAUGAUGAUCCAUUUGAACCUGAUUGCCAAACACCACAGACAUGGUGGAAAACAAUUGAAGAUAUUUCUUAUAUUGAUCGUGAGCUUACUUUAGAAGAUGUGUUAGCCGUAGCAAAUGAAGUUGAGGAAUUAGAUGAUAACGAUUCAGAUGAAGGCUCUGCUGAAGAUGAUAAAACAGAAUUCGAAUCAUUAGAUGAGACGUUGAAUUUGGAAGAAAAUUUUGACUUAAACUAUGAAUUUUUUGGGACGAAGUCAUCAUCUACAUCUC